AUGGCACCCAAGUUAUCGGAAGAUGAGAUUGAUGAUCUCAUUUACUUAGCCCGUACCGGCGACGAUGCAGAGUUCACGGGAAUGGUUCAGGAGCUUGCUGUUCGGGAGGGUGCUACACGGGCCGAGAUCAUAGCGGCGGCUAGAGAUGACGGCAAGGCGACCUGCUUACAUAUGGCAGCAGCAAAUGGUCAUGCGAAAACUGUCACUUUGAUACUCUCACACUUCCCUGCUCCUUCUAAGGCAUCCAAGGAAGCAGAAGCAGCAGCAGCAGCUCCGUCAUCAGAUGAAGUAUCACCAUCUACAAGUACAGAAACGGAGGUACCUUAUAUCAACUUACAGAACUCGUUCGGAAACACAGCCUUGCAUUGGGCAUGUUUAGGUGGUCACCUUGACGUCGUCAAACUUCUCCUAUCGCGAGGCGCUUCGCCUACUGCGGCUAACGACAAAGACCAGAUUCCGCUGGACUUGGCAGCCUUCAAUAACCAUAUGCACGUUGUUGAUUACUUUCUCUCGCAGAGCAAAGAUCUGGAAGGCGAUAAUGCUAAGGAAGGCGGACUAGAGAAGGGCGCACAAGACGUGCAGAUGACGGAUGAUGGUGCAGCGGAGGAUGGAAAAGCAGGGGGCUCAGCAGAUGGUAGUUAG